AUGAAAGAUAUAUUAGUAACAAAAGCAACAGAGAUUUGUGGUAAGAUGAGUGGGAAACCAAAAGAAGAGAAAGAUACAUGGUGGUGGAAUGACGAGGUUCAAGCUGCAAUAAAGAAUAAGAAGUUAGCAUUAAAACAAAUAAAAGACAUAGAGAAUGACACCACUAAAGAAAAUUACAGACAAGCCAAGAAGCAGGCAAAAAGAGCAGUAGCCAGAGCAAAGAGUAAUACAUACAGAGAUUGGUAUGAGAGGCUGGAUACACCAGAUGGAGAGAAGAUCAUAUACAGAGUAGUGAAGGUAAGAAAUGAAAUGAGGAAAGAUUUUGGUGAAGUAGCAAUAGUAAAGGACCAAAACGGAGACAUUCUUAUGAUGGAAGAGGACAUAAAAAGAAGAUGGCAGGAAUAUUUCUCAAACCAGUUAAACAUGGAAAAUGAAUACGAAGAACUGAGUGAAACAUUACCAGUGGAAGGGCCAAUACCCAACAUAAGUAGAAGGGAAGUGGAUAAAGCCAUAAAGAAGGGAAAGACUAACAAGGCAGGAGGAAAAUCUGAAGUAACAAUAGAAAUUAUUAAAGCAGUGGGAGAGUUUGGAGUGGAGUGGACAUACUUAUUGUUAGAAAAGAUUUGGAGCACGGAGAAAAUGCCUGAAGACUGGAAGGAAUGUAGAAUGGUUAAGUUGUAUAAGCAGAAAAGAGAUAUAUUAAGUUGUGAAAACUACAGAGUGUUGGACACAAUAAUGAUGAAUGUGAGAGACAAUGAGGACUUGUGGGAGUUGCUGUUCACUGACGACCUAGUCAUCAUUGCGGAUACGGAGGAAGAGUUACAGGAGAGAUAUUUGUUAUGGAAAGGCAACCUGGAGAGAAAGGGAAUGAAAGUGAGCACACAAAAGACAGAGGUAAUGGUAAGCAGCAGAGAAGGUUAUGAGGAAAUAAAUGUAACAUCAGAGGAUGUCAUAAGAUUGAACCAGACAAGAGAGUUCAAAUACCUAGGAUCAGUAAUUGCAGAAGAAGGAGGAACAGAAAAAUGCAAGACAAGGUCUUUAAGGAAGAAAGAGGAAGGAAUUCUGGAGAGAAUGGAGAUGAGGAUGUGUAUUCCCACACAGAAACCAACAGUAUCUCCUGAGUUCAUCAUACACCCCAAAACUGUUUAG